UUGAAACUCACUGGAAACUUCAGUGGCGCCGCGACUUGCCAGUUUCACUCCAGGAACUUUUCUUUGCAGGAGGAGAAGAGAAGGGGUGCAAGCGCCCCUCUUUUGCUCUCUUUCCUCCCGUCCUCCUCCUCCUCUCCAAUUCGCCUUACCCCACUUGGAGCGGGCAGCUGCGGGCUGGCCACCGCGCGCCUUCCCAAGUGCUCGCUGCCGCAGCCGGGUGACGCGCCAGGCUCCCCGGGAGCCGCUCGUUCCGCGUCCGGGCAGCCGAGGGGAGAGGAGCCCGCGCCUCGAGUCCCCGAGCCGCUGCGGCUUCUCGCCUUUCCCGGCCACCCGCCCCCUGCCCCGGGCCCGCGUAUGAAUCUCCUGGACCCCUUCAUGAAGAUGACCGACGAGCAGGAGAAGGGCCUGUCCGGCGCCCCCAGCCCCACCAUGUCCGAGGACUCGGCGGGCUCGCCCUGCCCUUCGGGCUCCGGCUCGGACACCGAGAACACGCGGCCCCAGGAGAACACGUUCCCUAAGGGCGAGCCGGACCUGAAGAAGGAGAGCGAGGAGGACAAGUUCCCCGUGUGCAUCCGCGAGGCGGUCAGCCAGGUGCUCAAGGGCUACGACUGGACGCUGGUGCCCAUGCCGGUGCGCGUCAACGGCUCGAGCAAGAACAAGCCGCACGUCAAGCGGCCCAUGAACGCCUUCAUGGUGUGGGCGCAGGCGGCGCGCAGGAAGCUCGCCGACCAGUACCCGCACCUGCACAACGCCGAGCUCAGCAAGACGCUGGGCAAGCUGGGGAGACUGCUGAACGAGAGCGAGAAGCGGCCCUUCGUGGAGGAGGCGGAGCGGCUGCGCGUGCAGCACAAGAAGGACCACCCGGAUUACAAGUACCAGCCGCGGCGGAGGAAGUCGGUGAAGAACGGCCAGGCGGAGGCCGAGGAGGCCACGGAGCAGACGCACAUCUCCCCCAACGCCAUCUUCAAGGCCCUGCAGGCGGACUCGCCCCACUCCUCCUCUGGCAUGAGCGAGGUGCACUCCCCCGGGGAGCACUCCGGGCAAUCCCAGGGCCCGCCGACGCCGCCCACCACCCCCAAAACCGACGUGCAGCCGGGCAAGGCUGACCUGAAGCGCGAGGGGCGCCCCCUGCCAGAGGGGGGCCGACAGCCCCCCAUCGACUUCCGCGACGUGGACAUCGGAGAGCUGAGCAGCGACGUCAUCUCCAACAUCGAGACCUUCGACGUCAACGAGUUCGACCAGUACCUGCCGCCCAAUGGCCACCCGGGGGUGCCGGCCACGCACGGCCAGGUCACCUACACGGGCAGCUACGGCAUCAGCAGCACGGCGGCGACCCCCGCGGGCGCGGGCCACGUGUGGAUGUCCAAGCAACAGGCGCCGCCGCCGCCGCCGCCCCCGCCGCAGCAGCCCCCGCAGGCCCAGCAGGCCCCGCCGGCUCCCCCGCAGCCGGCGCCCCCGCCCCCGCAGCCGGCGCCCCCGCAGCCCGCGCACACGCUGACCCCGCUGAGCAGCGAGCCGGGCCAGUCGCAGCGAACGCACAUCAAGACGGAGCAGCUGAGUCCCAGCCACUACAGCGAGCAGCAGCAGCACUCGCCGCAGCAGAUCGCCUACAGCCCCUUCAGCCUCCCGCACUACAGCCCCUCGUACCCGCCCAUCACCCGCUCGCAGUACGACUACGCAGACCACCAGAACUCCGGCUCCUACUACAGCCACGCGGCCGGCCAGGGCUCGGGCCUCUACUCGACCUUCACCUACAUGAACCCCGCGCAGCGGCCCAUGUACACCCCCAUCGCCGACACCUCCGGGGUCCCCUCCAUCCCGCAGACCCACAGCCCCCAGCACUGGGAACAGCCGGUCUACACACAGCUCACCAGACCCUGAGGAGGCCCGCGUGUGAUGAUCCUUUAGGAAAAGAGCACCGAAGCAAGCAAGAACCCGCCACAAUUUCCUUGGGACAUUUUUUUUUCCUAUUCCUUAAAGACAUUUACGCUAAAGGCAACUCGUACCCAGAUUCCCAGACGGAAACAUCAGCUGUCCGAACACGUUCCCACCUUGUUGCAAAGCAAGUGGCCAGGCCACCCUCGUGGCCAGAUGGACCCGGCGGAAUCCAGGAGGACCCGAACUUGAAAACGGUCUUGAAAGCAAGCAUGGAGGAUAAUGGAGAAUCGUCGUGUCACCAGUUUGCUCAAUCUCUCUGCCUGUUUGGACUUUGUAAUUAUUUUUUAGCAGUAAUUAAAGAAAAAAGUCCUCUGUGAGGAAUAUUCUCUAUUUUAAAUAUUUUUAGUAUGUACUGUGUAUGAUUCAUUACCAUUUUGAGGGGAUUUAUACAUAUUUUUAGAUAAAGAAAUUAAAUGCUCUUAUUUUUCCAACAGCUAAACUACUUAGUUGAACAGUGUGCGCUAGCUUUUCCUGCAACCAGAAUAUUUUUGUACAGAUGAGCUUUCUCUUACAAAAAAAAAACAAAAAAAACAAAAAACAAAAAACAAAAAAAAAGUGUGUGUGUUGUAUUAACAUAAAAAAAAACGCGAAUUUGUGUUACGUGAUCAGCUUGGGGGGUUAGCUUUGCUUAAUUCCUCAGGCUUUCUGAUUCAAGGAGGAGCUGCCUUAGAAAGGAAAAUAAAGGCCUUAUUUUGCAAAUAGGGAAGUAAACCGUAGUCUAGAGAAGCAUUUGGUAAGCUUUAUCAUAUAUAUAUUUUUUAAACAAGAGAAAAUACCUUGAGCCUUAAAACCGUGCUGCUGGAAAAUACUUGUACUCUCUGUUAGUGCAUUUCCUUCCGCAUUUGCUUGUUUGCUGCAAUCUUAAAAAAGUGAAAACCAAGCAAAGGAGAUGAAAUCUGUUCUGGGAAUGUUUCAGCAGCCAGUAAGUGCCCCAGCACACUGCCCCCUGGUUGCCUGCUCGAGCCCCAUGUGGGACACAGAUGCUAGAGCCUUCUCCCUUAAGCUGUCACCUGUGCCUCUCCCAACACCAGCAGUGAACCUUCAAGACAUUCCACGUGCUAAAAUUAUUUAUUUAGUAAGGAGAGGUUUUCGUUAAAAAAAAAAAAAAUCUUUCUCUUUUUAAAAAAUUUUUUGAAAUUUUACCUUCUUUAAAAUAGGUUGUUGGAGCCUUCCUCAAAGGGUAUGGUCAUCUGUUAAAUUAUGUUCUUAACUGUAACCAGUUUUUUUUUAUUUAUCUCUUUAAUCUUUUUUAUUAUUAUUAAAAGCAAGUUUCUUUGGAUUUCUUGUCCUAGAUUUGUAUAAUAUACAUGCCUUUUUGUCUGUCCUUUUUUUUUCUUUGUUGUUUUGUUGAAAACAAACUGGAAACUUGUUUUUCUUUUUGUAUAAAUGAGAGGUUGCAAAUGUAGUGUAUCACUGAGUCCUUUUCAGUGUUUUUCUGCCACAGAUCUUUGGGCUGCCUAAAGUGUGUGUGUGUAUGUGUGUGUGUGUGUGUGUGUGUGUGUGUGUGUGUUGACACAAAACAAGGCUGGCAUGUGUCAUAGAUAGUCCCCUGCAUGUUCUCUUGGAGACAAGGAGGAAAGGUGGAGGGGAUAAGCCCAACGAGAGACCUGAAUUCUUAAUUCCUUCUGUGGCUGGAGAGUUCGAGGAUUGCUUUUUAAAAAAGACAGCAAACUUUUUUUUUUUAUUUAAAAAAAGAUAUAUUAACAGUUUUAGAAAUCAGUAGAAUAAAAUCUUAAAGCACUCUUAUAAUAUGGCAUCUUUCAAUUUCUGUAUAAAAGCAGAUCUUUAAAAAAAAUAUUUCUGUAACUUAAGAAACCUGGCAUUUAAAUCAUAUUUUGUCCUUAGGUAAGGUUUGGUUUGUGUUUGUGUUUUGUUUGUUUCCCUCCCCCAAACCUUUUGUUCCCUCUGUGAAACUCAUCUUUUCCUUUUUUCUUUUUUUUUUUUGUAUAUUAUUGUUUACAAUAAAUAUACAUUGCAUUAAAAGGAA